GCCCCAAUGUGCCCACAGGAGAGUGGCAAAGCCAAAGACUUCGUGGGGCUGGGUUUGAAGGAUGGGCACCUGGUGUUCAGCUACCAGCUGGGCAGCGGCGAGGCCACCAUCGUCUCCGAAGACCCUGUCAAUGAUGGCGAGUGGCACCACGUGAUGGCGGCCAGGCAGGGCCGGCGUGGGUGGCUGCAGGUGGACGGGGAGGAGCCGGUGUUUGGAGAGUCCCCAGGAACCAACAUCAUGGCCAACAGCCAGGGCAGCGUCUACAUCGGCGGUGCCCCAGACCCCCGCAGCCUCACAGCCGGCAAGUUCCUCUCCGGCGUGUCGGGAUGUGUGCGGGGCCUGGUGCUGGCACCCACAGGGACCCCCGGCACCCCACUGACCUGCGGCACGGCGCGGUGGGGGGCUCUGCCGUCGCCCCCUGCCCCUCCUAGCCUCCCUCUUACCCCCACACAGCCUGGGAUGGCUCCGGGGGGGCCGGGACCCCACAGGAAUGUUUACAGCCCCCCCUCCCCACUCCCGACCCAAGCCACGCUGGGGCGGCCGGGUCGCUCGGGUGCCUCCUGGGGUGGCACCUGAGUGGGGGGCCCAAGGGACAAUCGUGGGUGUUGGCGGGGACAGCGGGCCCCCCCAGCCCCCCUGUGCUGGGACACCCAUUAAAGGAGAGAGAACGAGUGUGGGGGCCGUGUGUGGGUCUGCGCCUGGGGCUGUCAUCUGAAAUCAGGAAGAACGGGGGCACAGGGCUCCAGGUGGAACUGGGGGCUCUGUGGGGGAAGGGAGGGGGAAGCCGGUGCUUUGGGUGGGGCACGGAGGUGUGGGGCUGGAAAGGGAGCACGGGGGGGUGCGGGCAUGGGGUUGAAUACGUGGGGGAGCCUGGAACAGAUGCUUACGGAGGGGGGAUGUAUGGAUCCGCGGGACUGAUACGGGGGGAUCGCGGGUGCAGCUAUGGGGACCCGGGACAAGUGGAUGUAGGAGCACGGGGGGUCUGGAGGGGUGGGACGCAGGAUCUCGGGGGGACCGGACGCGGAUAUGAAGGUGUGAGGGGCACGGAUACAGGGCUGCGGAGGGAUUGGGUGCGGAGGAGGUUGGGCAUAGUGUCCGAGGAGGUAUGGAGGCGGCUGCGGGGCCCUGAGGGCGGUGCGUGAGACGGCGCGGGGCGGAGCUGACGGCCGCGGGGAUCAAACCGGUCCGACCCGAGCGCUGCAGGACGGCCGCGGCGUCGCGUAAUCGCGGCUGGAAGCGGCCUCGCCGGAAGCAGGCUCCGCCGGAAGUAGGCCCCGCCCGGUGCGUCGCGCAGGAUGUGACGUCAUCCUGCAAAGGCAAAGCCCUUCUCCUGCCUGUCUCC